UAAUUUUUGGAAAGGCUAGGUAUUAAUGAGUAAAUAACUGCAUUUAUUAUUAAAUCUUUAUAAUUUAUCACAUCCCGAUUAAUUUUCUGAAAUAAUCUGCUGUAUCAUGGUUUAGUAGAAUGGAUGGCUUGAUAGAUAUUGUUAAUAAUAUUCAAUUGAAAUCAAAUAAAGAAACAAUCAAUAAAUCGAAUGUUAAUAACACCCUAGAAAAUACAAAGUCUAAAACAUUGCCAUCGUAUUUAACUAAUAUUAGUUCUUAUAUUCAAAACGAUUUUUCAACAUCAUCGACCAAAUCUACAUUAUCAUUAGAUGCCUUGGAAAAAAAUAACAAUAUGCUUAUUCAAUCUCAUGUUUUCCCACGAUCAAAUUUUAUCAGAUCACCAAAUAAUUUAGCUGGAGUUCAUGGCAAUCUUAACAAGGAUGAAUCAAAUUUUUAUAAAAACUCAAUUAUGUCUUUAAACUCAUCUAUAUCAGGGUCAUCUCUAUAUUCUAUGUGUAAUAGUGCUUCAUCUUUAAAUUCAUGCUCAAAUAAUAAAGAUAAUAGUAUUAACAUAAAUAUUAUUAAUGGAAAUUUAUGCAAUGAAACAAAGUCCAUUCCUCCUAAUUUUCAAAUGCCACAUAAUAAAGAUAUUACAAAUGAUUCUGAUAAAAUAACAUCAGCAGUUUUAACAUCAUCAAUACCAUUUUAUAAUGUUACUAAAUAUUUACCUUAUUACUCAUUUUCUAAACAUAAAAAAGUAUCGCAAAUUGUCCCACCUUAUACAAUACAGGAAAAUUCUAUAGUUCAAGAUAAUAAAUAUUUUGAGAAAAAUGAGAGUAUAGUUAGUGAUGUACAAAAUAUAGAUUGUCAACCUCAUGCUAGUGAUAUAUAUAAACCAUCAUGGUUAUUAAGGCUUUUUGAAUCCCCUCAUUUUGACAUGUCAAUAGCUAUAUCUUAUCUUUAUAAUUCCAAAGAAUCUGGGGUUCAUUCUUAUAUAGUAAACAAGAUGUUUUCUUUUCCAGAACAUGAAGUAGACUUUUAUCUGAUCCAGAUAAUAAAUAUGUACAAUAGUAUGAAAGAAGUUGCUGAGGUCCUUCAUUCCUACAUCAUUCACAGGAGUCGAAUGAAUAUAGAUUUUGCGUUGAGGUGCACUUGUUUAUUAGACGCCUUUCAACCCGACUUAAACGUAUCCCGCAGAAAACACAGGGGCCUAAAACUAAAGGAAAUAAUAUUUACCGAAGAUUUAAAAAUUCGAAAUGUCGAGGCUGAUAAAUUAAUCAAAAUUCCUAGCCCACCUUCAGAAAAUUCUCUAAACAAUAAUCUGACAACACAUGAUAAACCCAGUAUUAUUAAAGGCGAUGAAAUCACCGAAAACUCCAAGAUUAAAACAGCCAUUUCCUCAAAUUCCGAUUAUUCCAUUAAUUGUCAACAAUUCAGGAAAAAGGGCCUUCAUCAUUACCGAUCAAAAUCUGAUGCUACAAUUGUAGGAUACGGAAAAUCGUCUAUCCAAUCGCCACCCAAUUUACCCGAUAGCAAUUUUAACAACUUAAUGGCUGCUUACAACUAUAAUUAUAACAAAAGCAAUAGCAGUCUCAAUUUUGUUCAUUCCACCGUAAGCCAGAGGGUCUCAUUUUUACCCAGGGGGAUAGGUGAUAUUAAUUCCGGACGGGCUUUCGAUAAUGGUUGCACUUGUAUUUCAAUCCACCCUAAUUCUAGAAUAAAUAUCCAUAAUUCGAAUGACAGCAUGAACCCAGUUAUUGCUGAGAAAAUGUGUACCUUGUUUCAUAAAUGCAACUGCGACGCGCCUAAAUUGAUUCCGCAAUACGAAUUUUUGAAAGCUCUCCAUAAGAUAGGCAAUAAAUUACAAAUGUUCGCUAGUAAAGAUUUAAGAACGACCAAAUUGAUAUCCGAAAUAACGUUACUUAAUAUGAACCUUCCUAGUCGAGUAUGGUUGCCCAUAUAUUCUCGCCAAACACCUCAUCACAUACUUCGAAUUCAUCCAUCCAGCGCCGUUGUUUUGAAUUCGAAAGAUAAAGCGCCUUUUAUCUUAUACGUAGAAGUUCUAGAAUGUUCCGACAUAUCCACAUGUCCGGUCCCUAAAAAAAUGUUAGAAACUGAACAAUAUAUGAAUGAUUCCAUACACAUUUCUUCUUUCCGCUCUAAUCCGCGUUUCGUCCCUCACUUGUCUCACAACAACAGUCAAUCUUCGUUCCUGCGUUUUACCAGAAGUGCGGAAAAUUUACAGCAUUUGAAUUUGCCUCACAAUAACUUGUCAGCCUAUAAUUUUUAUAACUUCGAACUUAAUGUACCGAAUGGGCACAGAGCCCAAGAUACGGAAGAUAAUACUGAUACACUAUCUUACGACGAUACCACUUCCAUUUCAUCGUUCGUUGUUAACAACGCCAAUAACAAUAUUAAUAAUUGUGUUAAUAACUACAAUGGCAAUGGCGGAUUGGAUUUCGAGAUAGACACUAAUCGUCUUUCCAUCUCUAGUUCGACCCAGCCUUCGUGUCACUUAGAAUCGUACUCAUUAUCUAACAACAAACCUCUAAUUUUUCCAGCGCCCGAUCAAUUAUCCCAGUUUUCUAUGGACAGUUACGCCAGUAAUGAUAGUGGUUACACGAAUAAUGGCCAUUUGCAGCUACAAAAUUGUCAAGAAUCGAAUGGAACGGUCAAUUGUAAUGACAAAAAAGACGCAACCAAUUCGGGGUCCUUAUUGGUGAUGGCAGGAGACAUCAGGAAACGAUUGGCCGAAACUCUAUUAACACCUAAAUCUUCUUUUAAAAGAGAUCCAGAUGACCCAUCGGCAUCAAUUUUGAAGGAACCUUGGAUGGAUAAAUUUCAAAGACUUAAAGCUCAAUCGCCAUACGGGCAUUUGGGAAAAUGGAACCUGUUUCCCAUAAUUAUUAAAUGCGGAGACGAUCUAAGACAAGAACUUAUGGCUCAACAAAUUUUAAUGCUUUUACAAAAAAUUUGGUCAGAGGAGAGAAUAUCCCUUUGGCUUUACCCCUACGAUAUAUUCGUGUUUUCAAAGGACAGCGGCAUGAUAAGGCCCAUUGUGAACGCGAUUUCCUUACACCAAAUCAAAAGAAAUCUUUCGCCUUCCAUACAAAAUGCUCAAAAUCUUGAGAGUUUUGAGGAAAUACUGUCAUCUGCAAUCAGACAGGAAAAUCCUAAAUCCGAGCCCACUCCUCCAUCUAACACAAAAAUCAAUAAUAAUAUUUGUUCUAACUUCACAUUACUCGGUUACUUCUUGAGCGAAUUCGGCAAUGCUAACAGCGAGGAGUUUCUCAGUGCUCAAAGAAGCUUCGUUCAAAGUUGUGCGGCUUAUUGUAUAGUUUGCUAUUUACUGCUCUUAAAAGAUCGUCACAAUGGUAAUAUUUUGCUAGACUCCGAAGGUCAUCUAAUACACAUCGAUUUUGCCUAUAUGCUUUCGAAUUCACCGAAAAAUUUAGGGUUUGAAAACUCGCCAUUUAAACUAACCCAAGAAUUUGUAGAUGUAAUGGGUGGUUUUGGUAGUGAUAUGUUUGAAUAUUUCAAAAUACUUAUGCUUAAAGGGUUCAUAGCUGCUCGAAAGCACAUGGAUAAAAUUUUGACUUUGGUGGAAAUCAUGCAAUUGAAUUCCCAACUACCUUGCUUUAAAAACAGCGUUAGCACGAUCAAAGGAAUGAGAGAUCGAUUCCAUUUAAAUAUGACAGAGGAGCAGUUGAGAUGCUUGGUUGAAAAUUUGGUCGAAACCAGUGUACAUUCUAUUACUACCCGGCUUUAUGACGGUUUUCAAUAUCUAUCUAAUGGAAUAUUAUAAAAAUAAUAUUAAUUAUUAUGGAUUAUCGCUAGAGUCUUUUUUAAAAUAACCAUAGUGUUAUUCUAUUUAUUCAUAAAUUAAAUUUCCUUUCUCCCUGUGUAUUUAUUAUAUUGCCAAUGAUUUUGAAAAAAAUUUAUAUAAAACUAAUAUAUUUAUAUAUUAAAUUUUUUAUUAUAAUUUAUCUAAAAUUAUUUAAAUUAAGUUUUAAGCAUUUAUUAUUAUUUUUAUAAAUAUAAAUGUGCCAACCACAAAAC